ACGAAAAGUUUGUAAAUGAGAAUAAUAAAUGCAUAAAAAAGGAACGAAUAGAACCAAAUGAACUAAAAAAUAAAGUAAAUAUUGAAGGUGAUCAAAUAAAACAAAAUGAACAACAAAAUCAUGACGAUGACGAUGUUAUUAAUGAAAAUGAAAAAGCCGUUUUAGAAUUUUAUGAUGAAAAAAUUGACAAUUAUGAUGAAGAAUAUGUAAAUAAAAAAUAUCGUUUUUGCACAAAAUCAUGCGAUUCCAGUUUAUGUUGUUGUGGUUGUUUUAUUCCUGUAUGCUAUCAAAGUCAAAGGCAUGAAUAUUAUGUUAAUCAAUACAGAGCUUUAUAUGCAAUUAACAUAAGAAUAGACGAAGACACAAUAAUUGACGAACAUGAAAUUAAUUCUAAAAGAUAUGAAGAAAACGAUAAAGAUCAUGAAAAUAAUGAAAACAAACAGAAUAAUGAAUCUGAUAAAUCCUUAAAAUAUCAUGCUGUUUUUUGCAUAAAUUGUAAUAAUCAUAUAGCUUAUUUUGAAAUACAAGAAAGAAUUUUCCAUUUUUUUGAUGUUUUACCUGAUUAA